AUGGACGACUCAGAACAAUCUGCCGCUGCGAAGGUCUUCGGUCUGCCCGAGCUUCUUGAGCACAUUCUAGAGGAGAUCAUCGACGAGCAGAGAAAUUCGAAGGUCGCGGAGGGGCUACAGCCUCUCAUGUGUCUCGCCGCUGUCCAGCGCGUCAACACGACAUUCCACGACACCAUCAUGUCCUCGAAGAAGCUUCAGCGACUCAUGGUGACACCCUUGGAGGACAAGACGACGGAAACGAGUGAUCAAGUCUGCCUCCUGAACGGCAUGCUGCAGCUCCACCUACACGGAUGCGAACCACAAUUUGACGGCGAUUUCGCGCUUUACGUUCACGAGAUCAACCCCGAGACAUGUGACAUGCUGAAGUCGGACAAAUUCAAAGAAGGUUCUUGGCGGAACGCACGCAUUCAGGCAGAUCCGUUGGCGACAGUUGACGUAGGUAUCAUCCCUGACGACGCAUUCGGCACCGGAAAUUGGGAUCUCGUACACCUCACCUGGAGUCUGAAAGGAGAUGCUACGCUGGGAGAGCUCGUCGAUGUCUAUUUGGAGAUGAUCGAGUUCGAACAGGAGCAUGAGCUGGUCUGGAGGGAUAGAGAAUUUCACUGGGUUGAGAAGUGA